AUGUCUCGGAGAUCGUUUUAUUUCUCAUCCUCUUCAUCCACGCGGUCCCAGGAGUUGGAGCAGCUCAGCAAGAUCGAGCAGGAGAUUACGCUGACAUUGCAAGAAAUUGACAAAAAUCUUAGCGUAUCGAACAGCAUUAUCAACGAGAGCGUGAUACCGCGAUUAGCAAGGUUCCGCCACAGCAGUAGCAAGAUCUGGAGCAACGUGGAGUUUUGGAAGACCUUCUUUGAGAACAGCGCGAAUGUUGAAAUCACCACGGAGGAGGCCGACAAGAUGGCUAUGCAACAGGAACAGGAGCCUGCGGUCGAGCCGACUCUGGCCGCGACAAAUAACUCGCAGUACAAUGAGAUCAACCAGCGAUACAAAAAGCAUAUUGACAACGAGGCAAACGAGACGUCAACAACAGCUACAGACACGGUUUCUCUAUGGAAAGAAGGUACUCGCAAGCGGUUGGCAAGCUCCACGCCAAAUAGGAAACCGGGACUCGACAACGACUCGAGCAGCUUGGAGCCGGCUGUACAGCUGCGGUCCGACGACGUGGAGCGCGAGCAGGCCGAAAAACAAUCACAUAUUCCUGACGAACUGACGACUAGUAAUAUUUUCGACGCGUCGACGGUGCAGCUGCCGGAAACACAGUGGAAACUGACCAAGAGCCCCAAAAAAAAGACUUUGAGCCCUGUGCGAAAGAAGCAGAAAUCAAUAGCUACGCAGUACGAUUCGUCGCCUAUCGAGGAGCCGCCUGUGCUCAAGUCAGCUGUCUACUUAUCGCCCGCUCGAAAAGGCUCGCGGAGCCCGCACAAGGAGAACGACGACGAUCAGCGGUUCCCGAAGUCCCCGAAGUACGGAGCUGGGGGACGACUGCUGCGCAACACCAAAGGCACAGAAAUCGCUCUUAAUUUUGCCCGGUCGGAGCUGGCCUCGACGACGGCAGACUUUUCCUACCAGACAGCGCCGCUGCCCGGCGUUUCCGGUGCUAGCAAUGACUAUGGGCUUAGUUCGUCGGUAUUAAACCAAGAGUCCACGACAAUGGACGAAGCUCCACAACUACAGUCGCAGCUGCCUGAAAAAACGCCUGAGAUCGCGUCGUCGCCGAUCAAAGAUCCCGAGAACCCAUUCAUUGAGUAG